UCCGUUAAAGAAAACCAAAGCAGGAAACAACAUGACAGAAACCCGGAAACUUGUAAACAAACAUUUUCUGUCUGAUUUAAGUGGGUGAAUAACGCGUACUCGUCGUACUUAUUUAUAGAUAAACUACAAGAUGUAAUUAUUAAGAUAGAAAAGAAACGAAAGGGAAAAGGAUGGAGCACGGACAGGAGCUACAGACACCUGACUGGAUGUCCUGUCUUCCCGCUGAGCUGCUCGAUGUUCCGCUGUGGAACUUGGCCAUACCUGGAAGCCACGACAGCAUGUCGUUCUGCUUGGAUUUGUCGUCACCUGUGCUAGGAUCAGAACCUGUCGCUCUCAAAGUGUUAGAGUUCCUUUUUCCUUGUUUUACCCGACCCUGUAUUUACCGCUGGGCCACAACACAGCAAACAGUUCUCCGUGAUCAGUGUGAGCUUGGAAUUCGAUAUUUGGACCUAAGGAUUGCCAGGAAGCCAGCAGGAGGCAGCAGGUUAUAUUUCCACCAUGCCGUCUACACACUGAUUGCUGUUGAGGAGGCUCUUAGCGAACUCGCAGUCUGGCUGGAUGCCCAUCCCAAAGAGAUUGUGAUCAUUUCUUGCUCUCAUUUUGAGGGCAUGACAGACACAGAUCACAUGCGUCUUGCGGAGGAUAUCAUUACUUUGUUUGGGAAAAAACUGUGCCCUCAUGAGGACAUACCUACCCUUCAUUCCUGUUGGUCAAGACAACAUCAAGUCAUUGUUUCCUAUGAAAAUGAUCAGAUGGUACAGCAGCAUCCUGAGCUGUGGGAUGCAAUACCCUACUGGUAUGCUGACAGCCCAGAUCCUAAGAAAGUGGUUGCUUAUCUGGAGGAGCAGAAACACAGACAAAGACCAGCAGGUUUUUACGUCAGCGGUCUUAACCUGACGGAGGACAUAACUUACGUCCUCCUCCAUCCCUACCUAAACAUGAGGAAAUUGACGAUGAGGUCUCUUUCACUGCUGCUGAAAUGGACCAGUGAACAGAGUCCGGGAAAAGAGGACGGGGCAGUCAACAUCGUCUGCUGUGACUUCGUGGACGUCAGUCACUUCUGCUCACUUGUGAUUGGCCUGAACUACAAACUGCUGGGCUUUGACAAUGUGAUCACUGAUUAUUCUCUUUGCAGAUAGUCAGGUAAGAGACUAAAGUAUUCCAUGCAAAAACAAUGCAGCAUACAAAUACUUGUUCUACUUGUUAUUCUUUUUGCAAUAGGUCAGUAUUUAAAAAUAUCAAAACUCAGACCUGAUUUUUGAAUAUUUGCUGUACUAUUUUGUCUUUCUGGAGCAAGGCCUGGUAUUAGGGAUUAUUAUUUCGGCUUUUACAGCUAAUUUCACUUUCACUUUUUCAACAUCAAUAAUGAACAAAAACAAUCAUACUGUAACUAACAACUAUAUCAUUAUAAAGCUGUGUAUAUAUGCUAAAUGGUUUGUCUGGGUAUCUUUGCACUUUCCCCUCCAAGGUAGUCAAAUGUGAACACAGGUGUCUCAGUCUAUUAUAUUUUUUUACCAAGUAGUUAUCUAUACAUACUGUAUCUUUAAGUCAUUGCAAUGAGAAAUACCUGAGAACAAUCUAAUAAAAAUAUAUUUUCGA